AUGCAGAUGAGGAAAGACCCAGAUGAUGAAAGAUCGAAAAGCAGGAAAGAUGAGCUAAGUGGAGAAAAGGGUAGUGUGCGAACUGUGGAUGCCAAUGGCUCCAUAUCCUCCAGCGGGGGUAGUCCCGCGCAGUGGACGACGGAUCUCUACAGUUGCUUCGAAGAUCCCUCCAACUGCUUCAUCACUUGCUGCUGUCCUUGCAUCACCUUCGGCCAGAAUGCGGAAAUCAUAGACAGAGGAGCCACUUCUUGUGUUGCGGGCGGGCUAGUAUACGACUUGCUCGCCCACGCGGGCGUCGUGUGCCUAUAUACGUGCAGUUACCGAACAAAAUUGAGGGUUUUACACUCGCUGCAAGAAGAUCCGCGCGCCAAUUGCCUGGUGCACUCGUGUUGCAUCUACUAUGCUCUUUGCCAAGAAUAUAGGGAGCUCAAAAACCGCGGAUUCGAACCUUCCAUUGGUUGGGUGGCCAAUGUCCAGAAGAUGAACCAAGGUGCCGCAACGAUGCCGCCGAUGACACAGGGCAUGGGUCGUUAA